AUGUCCAAAAACAAUCAAUCACACGAUAAGAAACGUAAAUUUGAUGAUCAUUCAGAUAAACAACAAAAAGCACCAUCAAUUCUAUCGAAUGAUACUAAACACAAUCCUAAAGAAAAGGAGGAUGUAAUUGAACGAUCGGAGCGUAAUGAACAAUUUACAAAAAAACAGAAAAACAAUGAAUUGUUGGUGAGUCAGCCAUCAUCAAGUAGUAGUAGCACAGCAGCUAGCGGAAAUUAUAAUACAACGUCGUUGAAGGGAGACGAAGAAUCAAAUUUUAAACAAUUACCUCGUGAAAAAUUAACUAUGGACGAUUAUUACAAGAAACAUCAAGAAUUUAAGUUGUGGCUGUUGAAUCACAAAAAAAAGAGAGUGGAAGAUGAUUUGCAAAAUACAGAAGAAAUUAUGAAAUAUUUUAAAAAGUUUAUUAAGAAAUGGAAUAGGGGGGAAUUGAGUAGCAAAUACUAUGCUCCUUCUGGUGUACAUAGUAGUGAUCUUUCUCAUCAGCAAAGAACCACAUACAAAUGGAAUUUCAAAAAUUUGUCAGCCGAAGAUGAAAUGAAACUAGAGCUCACUAGAGACAAGGUGGAUACCAAUACUUUUGAAAAGUCGUGGGACACUGCCUCUGCAAGCAAAUCCUUGUUCAAAAGUGACGAAAGUAAUGAAGACAACAAGCCGAAAAGAGGAACAGACAAAAAGAAGGAGUAG